CCACAAAUGGGUGUGACGGGGAGCGUGUUGCAGCUGGAGGAGCAGGUGAGACAAGGAUUGGCUGCACAGUAAUUGGUUGAUGUGGAGGCGAUAUUGCGUGACCGUCGUCUAAGCACGGGACGGCCUGGUGAGACGACGACAAAGAGGGAGGAGAGAAAGGGAUGUUGAUGGGGAGACGAGGAUUGUAUUAUAAAAAAAAGUAGUAGGGAUAAUAAUGGAGCAAGCAAUCGACGGUGCAGUGCUAGCAGGUAGGUAAGCUGAGGAUUGAGCAUUCAAGGUUGAACGAACGUGGUGAGGUGGGAUAAACGGAGAAGCAAAAUGAAUCUGCGGGAAAUGUGUGGGGGGAGUGGAGUGGCGUGGGCCAUGAUGGGCUGGUGGUUAUCGGCGAAGGCAGGACAAAGGUCGUGCGCAUACGGAGCAUACGGAGGAGUGGUGAUGGUGUUUUUUGGCCUUUGGGUAUGGAAUCGCGCCAGCAGGGCCAACGUCGGGCGGCAGCCGGGCAGGGAUGCGCUGCGGCGGGAAGCGAUGGUGCGGGCGCGCCGGCCAAUCGAGGCGGGCGGUGGUUCCUGGUGGGCAAUUGCGUGCUCGAUCCCCAACAUGUCGUUUUUCUCUGCUAAGCCGCUGGGCACAGCGCCGCCUCUUGUUUUCUGCGCCCGCGACCUAUUUUUUUCCAAUUAG